AAAGGCAUUUUUCUGGCUGGUUGAUUGGGUUUUUUGAGGGGAUUUGAAAGUGGGGAUUAUCGUUUUGAAUUGGAUCUAAGACCCGGGAAAGAAAUUGAACGGGGUAUGUACAUGGGUGCAUCGGAUGCUUCUGUGAAGGCUAACAAUUGCCGAGGGGAAAGCGCUUCCUCGGCCUGUAGUGAGCAGCAGAAUGGUGAGACUGUGAGGAGUAUGGCGUCAGAGGACGGUUGCGGUUUUGAGGGCGGAGGUACGGAUGGCGCACUUUACAACGAGCUGUGGCACGCUUGCGCCGGGCCGCUAGUGACUGUGCCUCGCUUCGGCGAGCGAGUAUUCUACUUCCCUCAAGGCCACAUAGAACAGGUGGAAGCGUCGACUAAUCAGGUGGCGGACCAGCAGAUGCCAGUGUACAACCUACCAGCUAUGAUUCCAUGCCGCGUUGUGAACGUUCUUUUGAAGGCCGAGCCUGACACGGAUGAGGUUUUUGCACAAGUGACUUUGAUCCCCGAAUCCAAGCAGGAUGAGAACACAGUAGAGAAGGAGACUCUUCCUCCCCCUCUGCCGCGGCCCAAAGUUCGCUCCUUCUGCAAGACACUGACUGCUUCGGAUACAAGCACCCAUGGUGGCUUCUCUGUGCUGAAGAGACAUGCGGAUGAAUGCCUCCCUGCUUUGGAUAUGGAUCGGCAUCCCCCUGCUCAGGAAUUGGUGGCAAAGGAUCUUCAUGGCGCUGAGUGGCGAUUUCGACACAUAUUCCGUGGCCAACCGAGGAGGCACCUUCUUCAAAGUGGUUGGAGUGUAUUUGUAAGUUCUAAGAAACUAGUUGCAGGCGAUGCUUUUAUUUUUCUGAGAGGAGAGAAUGAUGAGCUGCGUGUGGGAGUAAGACGGGCGAUGAGGCAGCAGCCAAAUGUUUCUCCUUCAGUUAUAUCUAGCCACAGUAUGCAUCUUGGCGUCCUUGCGACUGCUUGGCAUGCUGUAAAUACAUGGACCAUGUUCACUAUUUACUAUAAACCAAGAACGAGUCCCUCAGAUUUCAUUAUUCCAUAUGACAAAUAUAUGGAGGCUAUCAAAAGCAACCAUUCCGUAGGAAUGAGGUUCAAAAUGAGAUUUGAAGGUGAAGAAUCUCCAGAGCAGUGGUUUACUGGCACCAUAAUUGGUGUUGGUGAUGCGGAUACAAAGAAGUGGCCUGGCUCAAAAUGGAGAUGCCUCAAGGUGAGAUGGGAUGAAUCAUCUUCAAUUCCUCGGCCAGAGAAAGUUUCUCCAUGGCAAAUAGAGCCUUCUGUUACCCCGCCGCCGCCACCAAACUCUCUCCACAUUGCACGACCCAAGAAGCCUAGAACCCAUGCAAUUACGGCACCUCAGGAUGUAGUUGUCCGUCUGAAAGAAACUUCAUCAAAGGUCCAUGUAAACCCUUCCACUGGUGUUUUCAGGGCCUUGCAAGGUCAAGAAUCCAUGACCUUGAAAGAGGCAGAUACUUCUCAGAAGCCCAUGAUUUGGUCUUCAUCCCAUGAUGAAAUAAAACACACAAAUUCCAUUCAGAGAAGGUUGGCAUCAGAAGAGCAGACACAAAUUAUGAAGCAUGGAUCAACCUAUGGGGAUCCCUUAUUUCCAGCAUGUACAGGGUUACUAGGUUCUUCACAAUUUGAACAAAACACAGAUGCUGCAAAUCUGUCACGGUGCAACUUUCAGGAUCCACUGGUCCAACAGAGUAAUAUUUCAGGCAGAUGGUCGUUGUUGCCCCAAAACUCUCACGGCAACAUGGAUUUAAACUUGAAGAUGGCAGUUCAGCCUGGUAAGCCACCUUAUUCUGGAAUAGGAAACGUUGGAUUUGAGGGGCAGGUGGGUUAUUUUCCUUUUGAAUUUCAGCAGUUUACUCCAAAUUGGUUCACACAUUUGCUGCAAGAUUCCCAAACUGGGAACCAAACAAAACCAGUUUUGAUAAAACCAAAGCCAUUGGAAUCAACAAAAAAUGAGAUUGGGAAAGUGAAGGGGAUUGGAAACUGCAAGCUUUUUGGUGUUCAACUUAAUAGAAAUUCUUCAGCAUCUGAGUUAGAGGUUCAUAAUCAACCAACUGCUGCAUUGAAUCUGUCACUGAACAUGCAAGAUCACCACUUUGAGGCUUCGAAAAUGGCGAAAUUGGGGGAUUCGUCUUCAGCAGCUACCAGCAAAGAGAAAGUUGUUUCUCCCUGUUUACUUACUUUGAAAGGUGUACAACUCAAGCAGCAGGGCAACUCGGCAAGAAGUUGCACGAAGGUGCAUAAGCAGGGAAUUGCUCUUGGAAGAUCUGUGGAUCUUUCAAAAUUCAACAACUACGAGGAAUUAAUUACGGAGUUGGAUCACAUGUUUGAAUUUGAGGGCGAACUGAUGGUUCCCACAAAAAACUGGCAGGUAGUCUACACUGAUGAUGAAGGUGACAUGAUGCUUGUCGGAGAUGAUCCAUGGGGGGAAUUCUGCAACAUGGUUCGCAAAAUAUUCAUCUACACAAGGGAGGAGGUUCAGAAGAUGAAUCCCUGCUCGCUAGAUCCAAGCACCAAAGAAAUUCACGUUAUUUCAGAGGAUAGUACAGCUCCAAAAGGAUUAAAAGAGUUACAUUCCCCAUCAUUAACUGGUGUGGCGAACUUCUAAUGCCACAUCUGUAAAUAUCCAACUGUUGAUGCAGAAGGAAGAGGAAAAUUUAAGGUUAUGAAAGUUUGGAGUGGCUACUAAAGAGGCUUUUUGAGUUUUUGCGUGGGACACACUUCCCAUGAUGUUGAGGCCCAUCUUAACCCUCUUAAGUGCUGCCUGCAUCCCUUCCUUAUCCACAACAGUUAGAAAGGUAUA